CGGGCUCCCUGUUGGGCGGGGGGGCCGGCGAGGGAAGGGGCCGCGGGCGCGCGCGCGCUCUCGCCGCCUCUCGUCCUCCCUCCCUGCCCCCCUCUCCGCACACAGAACCACACACGCACACCCCCUCCCCUGCCUCCCUCCCCGCGCGCCGCCCGCCCCGCCGGCCCCGCUCGCCCUCGCGCGCUCGGAAGGCAGUCGCGAGACGUCGGAGCGGCGGCCACGUAGCGCUGCGGCGGCGGCGGCGGCGGCGGCGGCGGCCGAGGCCGGGUCUGCGGAGCGGCCCUCGGGACAGACGUUGGGCGGGGGGGAGGGGCCGGCCCGGCCGGCGGUUGUUACUCGAGCGCCGCGGCUACAGGCCCCCCGCCGCAGGGAUGGACCGCCGAGGCGGCGGUCGGGGCGGCGGAGGCGGAGGCGGCCGGCCCGGCCAACUCUCAUCAUGGAUGCAAGAUGGGUACCACGGUUCCAAGCAUCAUAUCCAGACAAGACAACAUCCAGCAGAAGGUGGUGAUAAGAUGCUACAAGUCACUUGCAGCUCUCUUCAAAAGAAAAAUCACUAGUGCUCUGCUCUUGCCACAAUACCAAACCUUUUGACUUAUGCUUUGGUGCUGCAACACUGGAAGAAUUGCACACAGGUUCCAGGAAUACCUUUUUUUCAUUUGAGUGAUUCUUUGUGGAUGGGAAAAGAUUUGAGUCUUAAUAAUUACCCUGUUUUAAAGCUAUUUCUCUGUAGUCUGAACUGCUUAAUAAAUUGGGCCACUUACCCAUAAGCCACACAGCCAGUUCUUGUCAGGAGCUGGUUGAAAACUGUGCUGUGCAUGUAGCAGGGAUGGCACAAGAAGACAGCCGUCGUGGUCAAGUGCCAUCUACCUUUUAUCAUGGUGCCAACCAAGAACUCGACCUGUCCACCAAAGUGUACAAAAGGGAAUCAGGAAGUCCUUAUUCUGUGUUAGUGGACACCAAGAUGAGCAAACCGCAUCUCCACGAAACAGAGGAACAGCCAUUUUUCAGGGAGACAAGAGCAGUGUCUGACGUGCAUGCUGUUAAAGAAGACCGGGAGAAUUCUGAUGACACAGAGGAGGAGGAGGAAGAGGAAGUCUCUUACAAAAGGGAGCAGAUCAUAGUGGAGGUAAACCUUAAUAAUCAAACAUUAAAUGUAUCUAAAGGGGAAAAGGGUGUCUCUUCUCAGUCCAAAGAGACUCCUGUUCUUAAGACAAGCAGUGAGGAGGAAGAGGAAGAGAGUGAGGAAGAGGCCACUGAUGACAGCAAUGACUAUGGCGAGAACGAAAGGCAGAAGAAAAAGGAGAAGAUAGUGGAGAAGGUCAGCGUUACACAAAGGAGAACCAGGAGAGCUGCCUCUGUUGCCGCAGCUGCCACCUCCCCCACUCCCAGAACUACGAGAGGUCGUAGGAAGAGUGUAGAGCCACCUAAGCGUAAGAAGCGGGCCACAAAGGAGCCCAGAGCACCAGUCCAGAAAGCUAAGUGUGAAGAGAAAGAGACUCUGACCUGUGAGAAGUGCCCCAGGGUGUUUAAUACUCGCUGGUACCUGGAGAAGCACAUGAACGUUACUCAUAGGCGCAUGCAGAUUUGUGAUAAGUGUGGCAAGAAGUUUGUCCUGGAAAGUGAGCUGUCCCUUCACCAGCAAACAGACUGUGAAAAAAAUAUUCAGUGUGUUUCCUGUAAUAAAUCAUUCAAGAAACUCUGGUCCCUUCAUGAACAUAUCAAGAUUGUCCAUGGAUAUGCAGAAAAGAAAUUUUCCUGUGAAAUUUGUGAGAAGAAAUUCUAUACCAUGGCUCAUGUGCGGAAACACAUGGUUGCACACACGAAAGACAUGCCAUUUACAUGUGAAACCUGUGGAAAGUCAUUCAAACGCAGUAUGUCACUCAAGGUGCACUCCUUGCAGCAUUCCGGAGAGAAGCCCUUCAGAUGCGAGAAUUGUGACGAGAGGUUUCAGUACAAGUACCAGCUGCGCUCCCACAUGAGCAUCCACAUUGGGCACAAACAGUUCAUGUGCCAGUGGUGUGGCAAGGAUUUCAACAUGAAGCAGUACUUCGACGAGCACAUGAAAACACACACUGGAGAGAAACCCUUUAUCUGUGAAAUCUGUGGCAAAAGCUUCACCAGCCGCCCCAACAUGAAGAGGCACCGCAGAACUCACACAGGCGAGAAGCCCUACCCCUGUGACGUGUGCGGCCAGCGGUUCCGCUUCUCCAACAUGCUGAAGGCCCACAAGGAGAAGUGCUUUCGGGUGACCAGCCCCGUGAAUGUGCCGCCUGCUGUCCAGAUCCCACUCACCACCUCCCCAGCCACCCCAGUUCCUUCUGUGGUGAACACGCCCACAACCCCAGCCCCUCCAAUCAGUAUGAACCCUGUAAGCACUCUGCCCCCGCGGCCCAUCCCGCACCCCUUCUCACACCUUCACAUCCAUCCACACCCUCACCACCCACACCACCUUCCUAUCCCUCCGGUCCCUCACCUCCCCCCACCUCCAGCUCUCUUUAAGAGCGAGCCUUUAAAUAACAGAGGCCAGGGGGAGGACACCUUUCUGCGGCACCUGGCAGAGAAGAACAGUUCAGCACAGCAUCAUUGACAUCCAUCUCCUUACGUGUGUUCUCCACGAGUUCUGUGCCCCUGUAUGAGUUUGCAGAGAGGGAGUUGGUGAGCAUUUCUGUAGCUGUCAUACUCUCCUCAGCCUCCAUCAAGAGCUUUGUCAUUGUCCUGGUGAAUCAGCACAUCGGAGAGAGUGAACAAGAAGACCUUGAGCUCACGGAGGGAACUGUCAUCUAAACCAGGGAACCACCAAACGAAAGCCCAAUUUGCUUGCAUUUUCUGGUGACUUUUAUAAAUUUGAGAUACUCAGACUUGUGGAAUUUUAUAAUUUCAUAUCAGCUGAUGAGGUAUGCUUGCUUUUAUAUCCUGGACUUCUCCUCAAAGAGGGGACAGGCCUGGUUCCUUUGUACUAAUCGGGAAGGCUGUGAGAUUAAUCCAGAGCAUUAAUUGUAUCACUGUGUAUCGUAACAAAUUCUUUUCAGCUUUUGGUGCUGGCUUCAGAGUUGAGCUAGCCAUGUUUCACAGUAUAUCAAGCAUUAUAGAGAAAGACAGAAAUUUUCUCCUUUGUGUAGCUCUCCUAACGCACUCUUUAUUUUACUACAGAAAUUAUUUUAGAGUUUUUGUAUAGACUUCUUUAGUAGUCUGUUUCUAAAAUGAAAUGUAUUUCAAUAAGCGGUGUAAUUUUUUCAGUGUAGCUGGACCUAUGUUGUAAAAUAGAAAAAAUUUUUAUAAUCACCAAAAUGUGAUUCUUAAAGAUGCAUAUAACUUCUGUAGUUCAAAGUGAUUCUUACAUCCGUACAACUCAAAGGUGCUUCAGAGACCAGAUGUAUAUGAGAGGGUCUCCAGACCGAGUUACUGCAAAAAUGAGGUUUUGCUUUCAGAAUUUGGCAUAAGUACUUGGUAGUUUUUAAAUCUCUGCUUAACACUCAAGGGUCUGUUGGGCUUGUGGACAUGCUGUUCCCUCUGAGUUUCAUUUGGUUCAGUAGUGUGUUAAAUGGAAUGAUUUGCGGAGGGUUGAGCCUUUUCUGGGAAAGUCAUCUCAAGCUUACCUGUUCUGAAAAUCUGCGUAAAGCUGUCCACCAUCAAGAGGAGGAAGUAGGGGAGGUUGCUUCAUCUCAGUCACCUCUAGUUCCCUCAGAACUGUGCUCACGGUCAGCCUUGAUGGGAUGAGAGUUUGAAGUCUCAUAAUACACUGCUUGUUUUGAGGUUGCUUUAUUUUUCUAGCAUUGUUAUGUAAAGAUGAAAUAGUGCACUAAAAUCGCAGACAUCAUGCUGCUGAUAGUGGCUGAGAAAGUUGGAUGAGAACACAAUUGGUAAUGACUUUCAAAACAUCUCUUCUGUCAAUGGGUAUAUCCACAACUUUGAGCUGUUGUGACAUAGUUUAAAUUGUAGUGCGGGAGAGAAGACGACGUUUUGCUGCUGUGUUCUCUGCAGGUAAUUAUGUGAUAGCAGCCUUCUUGGUGACAGCCACAUCUCUAAUUUGGGGCAGGUGACUUUUUCAAGUUUGGGGAACUUCGAAAGAGCACGGUUAAUCAGGAGCUUAUUAUAGGAAAGGCUGAACAGAAGGGCUAACGUAUUGGUUAUGUUUAGCUGAUCACAUUUAUCCAGACUCAGUAUAGCUAAAAAUUUUAUAUUUUUUCAUCUCAGUGAACUGAGUUACAAAGCUAGGUCUACUUUCUCUCUCUUCCCUCUUUCAGUUUUUUAACUAUGAACUUUCUUCCCUUUUCUUUCCUCAGAUUCUUCAGUCUUGGCCUGAAUCAGGACCCUGGCUUUUAUUUAUUUUUUGUUUUUAAUAUUAUAUGUGUAGAUAUACUUCAAGCACUUUUCUGGCUGAUUAGCUCUGUGAUAGGAAAAAAAUGGAACGUUUUCAAUUGAGGUUAAGUCCCUAUUUUAAAAAUAUCACAUUCUCUAUUAGCUCUUUGGUUUAAUAUUUCCAAGUUUUGGUUUUUUUUCCUUCUGAUUAUUGCCUUUGUCUUCUAUAAUGAGCAUAGGAAAACUUGGGAAUAAGGUAGAAAAGUAUCUCAAGACAUACUUUUCUUCUUGUUUUUGGAUAUUACUGCUAAGGAAUGUUGUUUUAAAUAUUUGUAUACAUUCUUGGAACACCCAAGUACCCAAACCAAUAAGGAAAGUGAAUUCCUUAUUUAUGACUGUUAUAUCUUUAGUGGCUGCCUCCCCUAUCUCCCCAAAUCUCCUUUGCAUUCCAUGACAAGUCUGUGGAUCUCCACCUUUGUGUGGACAUACCAUUAUUCCACAUCCAAGCUUGUAAGUUAAAAUGAUUUUUUUAAGAUGUAAAUUUCAGCUUUGUUAACCGGUUACAUCUUAUUUUUUUCUAACUAAAUUCACAGUCUUGGGCAGCAAUUCUGAAUUCUAGACUUGAGACCAUCAAGUCAACCAUUUUAUGAGGUGUACUAUAAUUAUACACUGGAAAAUUCAGGUAGUCAUGUUCGGUUUUUCAUUCGAGUGAAUAUAGCCAUAAGAAAAUACCUGCUACAUAGGAAAACCAGUAUUAAGCAAAUAAUCACCACCACCCUUAACAGAAGCAAAAAAAUGAUUAUCUUUUUUAAAAAACCAGCAUUGUCACACAAUACAAUUCUUAGUGAAAUGUAUUGUGAAACAAUCUGGAAACUUCCAUUGUUUUUUUCCCCUAGAUAAGAAUACCUUCCCUGACUUGGGGUUUGUGGUUGUCAGGAAGACUGCUCAGAACAUAGUGACUCCUCAUCAGUGGCAUAUUACACAUGCCUAGUAAAGUACAUUGAGAAUAUCCAUAGCAUUAAUACUUCUGAAUAUAAGAACUGCAGGAUUAAGCCUUAAACAUGUAUGUGCAUCAGGUUUAACAUGCAUAAGACUCAAACUCAGGGUUGAAAAUUUGAUUGGGGUCCUUUACUAAGAUAAAAGGUGCAUUAUGUGGUGUGUUCCCUCCCACAUAUAUAGCCUGGCACCCCGUGACUUCUUCAAAACUUAUUACCCACUUGUUAUCUUUUUAUGAAAAAAAAGAACGAUGGAGGAGUUUGAGUUCUCAGCCCUUAUCUGUGUUUAAAUUUUAAAGACAACAAAGGCCACAUUUCAGCAUUAUAUAGAUGUUAAAUUGAGACUGAUUCUCAUGACUUAGUUUUACUGUCUUCAAAGGCUUGUAUCAUUGCUAGGGUUAAGACUUGAGGAAAAUUCCCAAGGACUUUCUUGAGUUGAUAUUGUGGGGGAUUUUUGUUGUUGUUCUGUUUUUUUUUGUUUGUUUGUUUGUUUUUGUUUUUUUUUUCAUUUUUCUAUUCUUCUCAUAGCUUUAUCAAUCAGAUAUAAACUCUUCCUUAGCCUUAAUGGAAGGCUGCUUGUUGCUUUCUCAAACUGAGUCAAGAAAGCUCAUAGGAGUUAGAUUUUUACAUUUGAAUGAAAAAAAUGAGAUGAACAGUUUAAAGGCAUGUGGCUUCAUUUCCACAUAUAACUGUGAUUUGAUUCUUAUUUUUAGCAAGCAGGGAAGUCUCCAUAUAAAACUUUACGGUAGUUCAAUGUAACCUUUGCAGAUCAGUUACGUAUACUUUUACAGCUUACCAUUUACAUUAAGCAUUCUAAAUUAAUGAUUGGACAUUAUCAUAGUUGUACCAUCUUUUUUAAAACUACAUUUGUUGGAAAUACCUUUUCAUUGUGGUUAGAAUGCUCCCUAUAAUUGGAUUGUCCCUCAUAUACUAACUGAAGGCAAAAUACCCUGAAGAGAUGCUUGUAAACUUUUAAUUUUCUGCUGCUUAAAAUAUUUUUUCAGUUCUCAUGCUUGUUGAAUAGAUAUGUAUGUUCAGCUUAAUUUUUAUUUCACUGGAAGUUUUGAAUUUUAAGAAGAUCAAGCAGAAAUAGAAAUCCAUUACAGAUGUAUAUAUAUUUACUCCAUCUUGCAGAUUUCAGUUAGUGAAACAGAAUGGUAGGUGGGGUUAGAAAGAAAAGAAAAGAAAAGAAAACGGAAGUUAGAGAACUCUUCUGUUUGAGCUACUGUAAAGAAGAGACAGCUCUCAUUAUGUUGCUGAUCCACAUGGUGACCAUUUCCAUGCUGUUCUACACUGUAUGUAUGGGAAGUAUUUAAUGAGAAAGGGAGCGAGUUACAUUUAAGAGUUUUAUCAGCUUCUCCCAUUACAAAAGUCACCUCACUUGGAAUUCUUCAGACCAUAAAAUUGAGCAAGUAAAUGUUGGGUUUUAAUUUUCCUUUGAGUAAACAAGAUAGGAAAUUUCCCAAAAGAUCGUUUUUCCAGGAAUGAAAGGUCUUUAGCCAUUAGAGAUGGUGGCGUCAUUAUGUACUGGCAACACCCUAGCUAUCACGCUUCUGUCAUCUGUAGCGUUUAUAACAAAUAACAAUGACCUUCCAACCCCGGACACUACCUCGAUAAAGCAAACCAGAGAUCCUCUCUCCGCUUUCUAUGGAAGCCAUAAAAGUUGCCAUCAAUAUAUCUACUUUCAUAGUUCUGUACUUUUAUACUCUCUAGACUUUUUAUAGACUUUAUGAGCAGAGCUUUUUGUCUUAGAGGAUAGGUUUUGCAAGAUUCAAAGGAAACUCAAACUCCUUGGCUGUCCUAACUUUGAAGCUUUAGCUUCAGUAAAUUUAUUUAAAGAACUAGAUAAUGUACCAUUUAUCAAAUUCUUCAUUUAAGUCAAAGCUAUUUUGCAGAGUUAUAUAACCAGAAAACACUUCUCUUUCUUAUUCCCUAAGUAGACGCUAUGUUGUUGUAAGAAACUACUUUCAAAGUGGAUUUCUACCUUGUUAGACUCUGCAUAUAACUUGGUAAUAUAUGUAUUGUCACAAUGUUCCUGGAGUUGUUUUUAUUUCCCUGUGACAGGUCAGUGAGUGUGCAUCUCUCUCUAAUCCUCUGUUCCCUCACUGCAGCUUCAGUCUCUCUCACUCUGUUCUUGAGUGCCUUCAGAAAGCCAGCAUCCUGGAACAUUCUUUCCCCAAUCUAAAUCCUACCUCUGAUGAUUUCAUUCUCCAUGAGUACUGGAGUUCACCCUUAGUUCAACUGAGUUGCCUCUACAAACUAGCUAAAACCUUGGGUGCGAAUUUUUUAUGUAUUUCUGUUUUGUUCCCCCUACAUUUUAAACUUUUAUCUAUAUCUUAUUUCUUCACAUACUGCAUCUCUAAUGAUGAAAGAUUUUAUCCUUAUCUUACUCCUCAUUUUCUUUUCUUUCACUAGAAAGUAGAUGUCCCUUUAAAACUAAAGGUCAUUGAGUAUCUUUUGAGCAUCUUUUUCUCAUCUUAGUCUUCCUGAAUGCCUCCUCUUUUUGAUUAAAGGAUCCUGAAUGCUGCUGUUGCUAUGCCAUAUUCCUGUACGCCCUCUCUCUUCCAGAAACAUUUUGCAAAGUUGUACCCAUAAUUUAAUUUUAGUCAAAUUAAUUUAAAAUUGCUCUCUGGGUUUAUCAAAAGCCCUUUAUUGAUUUUUUGAUCUGCCUCUCUCCUGUCCCUCAAAAAUUUCCAGUUACUUUUUUUCUACUUGUUCUUUAUCUAAUUUUUUUAAAAAUACGGUUGACACGUAAUAUAUGAAGGAUGUAAUAAAAAGGGGCUUGCAGUAUGUUCUCCAUGUGGCACCUUACUGAUAAAACAUUUUAGCAGUUGGCUCAUUUUUCACAGUCAAAACUGAAGUUUGUGCUUUGUACAGGUCUCUUGCUCCCUUUCAGUUCUUCUCCAAAACCGAAAACAAAUAGAACUCUUUAAAGUGAGGAAAUUAGAUUGCUUUUUUAAAAAGUGAAUGAAAGCUAUAGAGCUGAGUGUUUUGGCCUUAGUCAAAAUCUUUCCUUUCUGAUUAAAAAUGCCAUGCCUCUUUCCUCAAAGUUAAUAAUACUAGUACUCAGGUUUUCAGGACUAACUAAUAACCACAAAAAGUGGGAGUCUAAGAAGGCAGCUGUUAAUAAAUUCUUAAUCCUUUCUGUCUGGCGACAGUAUAUUUUUGGUGGGACAGUGCAAAAUUGUGAGAAUGCUUAUGUUUGAUAAUGAAUAAAUUCAAGACAUUUGAAGACUUCAUUGGCUAUUUGGAAUGGACUAGUUUACAAAAUGCAAAAGAUAAAUUUCUACAGAAAGAAGUGACAAGAGUUUCUUGUUGUUUUAAAUAGUUUACGCUUUAAUUUGCCUUGAUAGUCCCCAUUAUUGAUGUAGAAUUUUGCCUCUUUUCGGUAGUAGCUGGCUACUUUAAAUAACCACUUUGAAAUCUGUGGCUUUUCUCUUCAGAAUCUCAGGUGGUACAGCAGUGGAGAGCGGUGGUGGGCUCACACCUGGGAAGCCACAUCCCUGAGACAGACUGUUGGCUUGUUUCAUGUCUUUGUACAAUGGAGACGUUUCGCACCAGUGGCAAAGGUGCCCUUGCCCCGAGAAGAAUCCCCGCCACGUUCUAGUUUCACACUCUUUGAGCUUCCCUGGUGAGAUCAGGGCUGGUAACAGAUUACUUGAAAGCGAUUUUGGGGAUGGGGUCAGAAAAGGGGUAGGAGCUAAUAAGUUUUGCUUAGAUCUGAUACUUGCAUUGUUGGUUUUGAUCAACUAAAGGGCCUGUGUCUGUAGUGGAUGUGCCAAAGAAUCAAGUUGUUUCUAAAUAUCCAGCUCCUCUGAACAAACACAGCUUCCUCCUUACCUGUCUUUUACAGAUGGAAAGAGACUGUGUGAUCACAAGGAAAGAGACACCAGCCCACAUUCUGCAUAGGACUUGAGGCUGUGUUUAGUUGUAAUCGAAAGUCGGUGGGAAAUAUUUUAUUCUUUUAGAAUCUCUAACCUGUCCUAGAAAUAUCUUUUCUAUGUUUGAUUAUUCAACUCAUUAUUAGGUUUUAUCAAAAGUAAAAAAGGAAGCAACUGUGUGACAUAAUUUUGGUGUUUACUGCUAAGUUGUAUCCCCAGUGGUAUAUAUGCAGCCUCUGAAAAUCGGAUGAGUUCUCAGUCUUCUUUCAGUUUGCAUGUGCAUUGUAGUCUGUGCUUGACAUGGGCUUUUAGGAUUCUGUUCCAUCAGCAGUACUGGCUUUGUCCACAAGGGAGCAACAAAAUACUUUAGCUUCUUUAUUCUCACUUUCUGAAGAAAGAGCCCGCUGUUAAGUCCCUUAUAGAAUAUUUUCUCUUGGCUCAAGACUUCUUUAUAGAUCUUGAUUUUUAAGACACUUUCCCUUAUUACUAAGUGCUCAGCCUUCAUAUGCAAACAAAGAUUGAUGUGUGGGUCAGAGGUCCUUGUCGGGGUAGGCAUCUUAAUUAAUCUUUCUACAUAAUGGUGCCCAAGAUUGAAAGCAGCCAGGACCUUCCUAUGGGGGAUUCCUUGUGUGCUAAAUGCAGAGCAGGAAGGCGACCCUCUUUCUUUCUUCCAAAUCCCACCACCAGCGCAGAACCAUCACGUCUCUGAGAAGGACGAGAAUGGCAGGGGUAACUCUGGAGUGUGAGUGAGGAAAUGCUUCUCAGCCUCUCUGCUCCAGAUAGAUGUCUGUUACAGCAGGGAGUGCGUCCUCAGGGUCAGCCGCAUAUCCUGACCUGUGGGAGGGCCCCUUCAGCAGCCAGUCCUCUAGGUUGGAACUCAGUUUGGUUCCCUCUAUUGUCAGUUACUUGUCUGAGGGCUCCUAACCCUCAUCAGCUCUCUGACCACAGGUUUGUGCUCAGCAGCAUCUUCUUCACAAGAAGCAGGUCAGUCAUCAACUAAGAAGAAACGCCAGACCCUGGCUACUUAGCCUGUAGAGCUGGGAGGCUUCUGCACCUGGAAUGGCCUUCUGAAUGGAUAUCUGCCUGGCUCCUCUUCUCCAGCCAAGUCUGGCCCUGAGCAAUACCAGUAGAUAGAGGUGUCCACUUGUAACUCCCAACGCUUGACAGAAAAACGAAGCUGAAGCUGUGAUCGCUUUAGGUAGCAGGGGGCCAGGUUUAACUUGUUUGUCGUUAUUUUUGUUUUCCCCAACAGUACUGAACUCACUUGCACUUUUCCUCAUUUCUUAAAGAAAAAAAAAUCCAGUUCGCUUGCCAGGAAUUGUUCAGCGUUAGGUUUACAAAGCUUGUUGUUGAAUGUUGAACAUUUGUCCAAAGGAGUUUGACUAAACAGAAGCUGCUUGGGCCCUGUUCUGCCUGCCAGGUCAUAAGGAUUAAGGCCACGUGGCUGGGGUACUUGUGUCAAGUCCAGAAGAGGGCAGUGUCCCUCUCUACCUCUGUGAGGGCGUUAUUGAAGGUCAAGUUGGACUCAUGUAGGGCAGGUAUCUCUCGUGCUGCAAAGAAGUUUAGAGGAGUCUUUCAUUUGGGGAGGGGACAGGUAAUAGGACAGGGUCUCUUAAGAUGGGAAAGAUACUGGGGAGGGGAGAGCUGCUUGGCCCCGGGGAAUGGGAGUGAGGUGGAACCGAGCUUCCCCGCUGAAUCUCCAAACUCGCCUAGCUUCCCUGAGUCAUCGUUACUCCAGCAUCCUGUCAGAUCCCUCAGCGUACUGAUUUUCCCUCUUGUGUUAAACCAUACCAAUAUUAAUUUUUUAGCAAUUGAAAUGCACUUUUUUAUUUCAACUCAAUCAUGAUUUUAAGUAUAUAAAAUUUAUAGACUGUUAAAACUACUUUUUUGUGUAUUUUUUAACCACUUGAUGUAGCAUUGUCUGUUUUAUCCUUACGAGACUCUGGUACAAGGUGUGCCACUUCAUGGUAUUUCUGAGACGCUGGGCCUUUGGAUGUGUACGGUAACCAACUUAAUGCUAAUGUUCACAGUAAAAAAAGGAAAAAAAAGUA